GGCUAAAGCAUUACACGAACUACACAAAAACAAACGAAAUACUACGAUAAAUGAAAUGGAGGAAAGUGAAAGUGUAAUAGAGCGGCGGGAGUCGCUUAGAAGUAUUGUGUCAAGACGGGUUAGUUCAAUACGCGAACGGAUAACCGAACACCCACGAAAGUCCACAAUAACUAAAGUAGUAUUUGGGAUUCCUAAUGUGGACCCAAACCGCCAGAAUAGCCAAUUUUUCAGCCGCAGCAAGGAGGAUCUAUUGUUCCGCAGGACCUCUAAAAAUGACACCUACAACAGAGAAACGCGUAUUUUGAAUGUUGAGCAAGAUAAAUACCUUCCGGAUGACACAAACGAUGCUGCUAGUCUCCAACCGAGCUACAGCAAAUUCAAAAUACCAUUUGAUAUAGUAUGUCUUGACCGCUAUAACGGAACUUGCCGUAAAUAUGAGAAGCAAUUUCGGCAUGAAAUCGAUGAGUUAAUCAAUUAUCAGAUUUCGGCCGGAGAGGCCUGUCAUUUUGUCCGCAUCAUCUCUUACACCACUUUCUGGCCGCCUUACCAUAACUUAACGGAGCUUAAUACCACGAGCAAAUAUUUCUACAAGCUGACCAAGAAGGAGAAGGAACGUCUGGGCAAAAUAAUGGGAAGCUAAAAGAAAAUAUCAUAAUGCAUGUAUAGCUUUGCAAAGCAAUGUAAAAAUAAAAAAAAGUUGGCAAUUAGAAAA